AUGAAGCCCGACGUGGCGCGCGAGCCCGAGCCGCCGACCCCCGUCCGGGGCGCGGAGCCCGAGGGGCGCUGGCGGGAGAGGGGCGAGGCGGACACGGAGCGGCAGCGCACCCGCGAGCGCCAGGAGGCCACGCUGGCGGGGCUGGCGGAGCUGGGCUACCUGCGGCAACGCCAGGAGCUGCUGGUGCGCGGCGCGCUGCGCUGCUCCGGGGCCGUGGGCGCCGCCGCGCCGCGCGCCGGGGAGCCGCGGGGGGACGCGGCGCAGCGCAGCCGCCUGGAGGAGAAGUUCCUGGAGGAGAACAUCUUGCUGCUGCGGAGGCAGUUGAACUGUUUGAGGAGAAGAGACGCUGGUUUGUUGAAUCAGUUGCAAGAACUUGACAAGCAGAUAAGUGACCUGAGACUGGAUGUUGAGAAGACCUCUGAGGAGCACCUGGAGACAGACAGCCGGCCUAGCUCAGGGUUUUAUGAGCUGAGUGAUGGGGCUUCGGGAUCCCUUUCUAAUUCCUCUAACUCCGUGUUCAGUGAAUGUUUGUCCAGUUGUCAUUCCAGCACCUGCUUUUGCAGCCCCUUGGAGACAGCCUUGACUAUCUCAGAUGGUUGCCCCAAAUCUGCAGAUCUCAUAGGAUGGCUGGAAUGUAAAGGUGGCCACUGUGAAGACCAGGCCUCAGGGGCAAUUUGCAGUUCCCCCUGCACACCACAAUUUAAUUCCCUUGAUGUCAUUGCAGAUGUGAAUCCUAAAUACCAGUGUGAUCUUGUGUCUAAAAAUGGGAAUGAUGUAUAUCGCUACCCGAGUCCACUGCAUGCUGUGGCUGUGCAGAGCCCAAUGUUUCUCCUUUGCCUGACGGGCAGCUCUCUAAGGGAAGAGGAGGGGCUUGGGAGCCAUGCCAGCGAUAUUUGCAUUGGAUCCGAACUGAAUGCCACCAAAACAGAUAGUUCCUUGCCAUCUCCGAGCAGUCUGUGGUCGGCUUCUCAUCCUUCCUCCAGUAAGAAAAUGGAUGGCUACAUUCUGAGCCUGGUCCAGAAGAAAACACACCCUGUAAGGACCAAUAAGCCCAGAACCAGUGUGAACGCUGAUCCUACCAAGGGGCUUUUGAGGAAUGGAAGUGUGUGUGUCAGGGCCCCUGGUGGUGUCCCACAGGGCAGUGGUUUGAACCUUAAGAAUACGAAACAGAUGUGUUUGCCCUCUGGGGGAAUACCUUCUUUGGAAAAUGGGCCGUUCUCCCCACCUAAGCAGAGGCCAAAAGAGUCAAAGACAGAGCAGUUAGAAAGCAAGAGGAUGGCUCUGCCGGAGGGCUGUUCGGCAGGCGCUACCAUAGAACCCCAAAGCAAGCACCUGCCCAAAACCACCAAGGCAGCCUCUCAAGAGCUCUCAAGGUGUCCGGUCGGGCUGGGGGAGUCCAUGAAGGAAAGCAACCAAGUCUCGGCUGUUUCUCCUAAAGCAAGUCCCGGCAGAAGCCCCGUCGUCCCGGCAGAGAGCAAAGCCCUGCAGCCCCAGAAAAAGGUGCCGCAGGAGAGCGGUCUACAGGCCUUGCCUGCGGUGAACAGGCCGGCCUUGGACUUCAGAAGCGAGGGAUCCUCUCAAAGCCUCGAGGAGGGGCAGCUGGUGAAAGCUCAGUUCAUCCCAGGGCAGCAUACAGGGGCCAGGCCUCACCGUGCACACAGGAACGCGGGGGUGGCAAGGAGCGCCACCUUGAAGGCCCGAGGCCUGGGCGCCCCGGAGCACGGCCUGCCCACCGUCAGGGAGAAACCGAGGGCCGCGGGCAAGAAGUGCCGUUUCCCUGACGACUCGGAUACAAAUAAGAAACUGAGGAAGGCCUCGUCUAAGGGCAGGCGCGGCGGAGGCCUGCCCGACACGGGCCUUCCCGGCAGGCCCCUGGGUGCCGGCGGCCAUAGGGCGGCCAGCAGGGCGCACGCGCACGGACGGGAGCCGGUGGUGGCCAAACCGAAGCACAAGCGAACCGACUACCGCCGGUGGAAGUCCUCGGCCGAGGUCUCCUACGAGGAGGCCCUGCGGCGGGCGCGGCGGGCUCGCCGGGAGCACGCGGGCGCCUACCCCGUGGCCGUGGCGCUGCCCUACGCCAGCCCCUACGCCUACGUGGCCAGCGACUCGGAGUACUCGGCCGAGUGCGAGUCGCUGUUCCACUCGACGGUGGUGGACACCAGCGAGGACGAGCAGAGCAACUACACCACCAACUGCUUCGGCGACAGCGAGUCCAGCGUGAGCGAGGGCGAGUUCGUGGGCGAGAGCACCACCACCAGCGACUCGGAGGAGAGCGGGGGCUUGAUCUGGUCCCAGUUUGUCCAGACUCUUCCCAUCCAAACGGUCCCCGCCCCAGACCUUCACACGCGGCCCACCAAAACCUUUGUCAAAAUCAAGGCUUCGCACAACCUCAAGAAGAAGAUCCUCCGCUUCCGGUCCGGCUCUUUGAAACUGAUGACGACCGUUUGAGGAGCUGAUGUAGCGAGUGUCUUCCCCUCCCCGCCAGUCUCUAAAAAAAAAAAAAAAGAAAAGAAAAGAAAAGAAAAAAAAGGGGGUGGUGUCUUAAUAUUUGUGUCAUACUUCAAUGGGAUACUUUCCUUUUUACUGGGAUAAACUCAAGAUAAAUUAUGUUUCGUCGUCAUGUAUGGACGCUAGUGCCUUUAAUGGAAGGUUGAAGGAUGUAUCGCUAGUUAGAAGUAAAUGUUGAUGGUCUUUAAUGGUGGUGAAUGAAGUUUUAUUAUCAGCGGUUUUUUUUCCCCGAUCGUCUGGCAAAGUGCAGGUUUGUGAUGUUCAGGUUUCAUUCCGAUGAGAAUUUUUGUUUCCAAGGUCGGUGGAUGGAAUUUUUAAGACGCGAACUCAAUCCUUGAUUCUUUAGAGCUGCAUCCCUGAAAGGGCUUCCCCAUUGAGGGGCAUUAUUUACAAUUGUGUAGAACAGGUAACAAACAAAACAAAACAGAAAAAAAAGGGUCAUUGCUUUUUGUAAGUUUUUAAAUAUAAUCAACACUUCUCAGAUGUCUCCCUAUCCAGUUUUUUUUCUCAGAAGUACGCUUUUUACUGGAUUUAGAAUUUCGUAGAGCGGACUGUAAAUCUGGAGGUGGCAGCCCGGAUAGGGAGACUGAUCGGACCUUAAAGGGAUUCACAGAAACCUUUGCCGCGUGUAGUGCCUCAGCCUUCGUUACAGGAACCCUUUCUUGGGCCACAUAUCCAGUAGUUUUUGAUGCCUUUCUCUCUGCUCCUAACUUGUAUCCGGUACUACUAUUUGUCCCUUAAAAGGUUUGCCUUUGGGAUAAAAUGUUCGUCCUUUGGUGCAAAGAAAUUCACCCUUAAAGGGCAUGCCUCCAAGCCCAGAAUUGCCCACCAAGCACUGUGCCGCCCAAGCACUGGCCUAAACAUUUAGUGCAUUCCAAUUCCCAUUGGACCACUGACGUAACUAGAAGGGCUUUAAAUUUUUAAAAACAGUUUUUGGUAAACAGAACUGUGUAAAAUAGAGUUCUUAAAAUACCAGUAUAUGCAUGUUUUGUGCAUGAGUAGUUAUUUGGAUUCCUGUUUUGAUAUCUCUGUUGUUGAAUUACUACUGUAUGAUAUAAACAGUAUGUGUUUUAUAUAUAUCAUUGUGUAAAUUUAAUAUAACACAUUAUA